UCGCAUACUUCUUAAAAAAAGAGAGAAAAAAAUAAAGCACACACAAGAGGAGUUCUCAGCAUAGAGUUUGUCUGACAAUGGAAAAUCUAAUCAAGCAAAGCAGAAAACAAAACUGGUUCCAGAAGCAGUUUUCCGGCCGGCACAGUGAAGAUGGUCGGCCGAAACAAGGCGCACACGAAGCAGCGGUGGCAGCCGCCGCAUUCGCUGUUCAAUCAGUGGAAGAAGCCAAAACAAAGAAGCUCAAGAAAGACAACGGAAGAAAUGGUUUGUUUCAUACAAAUGUAAUAACCACCCAAUUCUCACUUAAAAAAACUAAAAGCUCAGGUGAAAAAUCCAAGGAUAGGCCAAUCAAACAUAAACCAAAGGAAUUCGAAAGAGUUGGUUCUCAAUCUGCUGCAAUAGUACCAAUAGCACCAGGCGAUUAUGCAGAAUGGUAUGACAAGCUUAAAUUUGUUGUUUGUGGAAGCGACAAGAUGCCGAAAACCCACGAUUAAAAAUUAUGUUACUCGGAUUCGGAUGAGCGUUACAUUCCGGUACGUUUUUAAUGCAGAUACACAAAUGUGUUACAUUAGAUUAAAAAUUAUGUUACUCGGAUUUGGAUUGGAUUGAAUGUUAGAUGCGAGUAUGUGUUUAUUGCAAAUAUAGAAGUGUGUGUUACAUUAAAUUAAAAAUUAUGUUUGGAUUUGAGUGAGCGUUACAUGCGAGUAUGUGUUUAAUGCAAUUAUACAAAUAUGAGUUACAUUAGAUUAAAAAUUAUGUUACCCAGAUUUGAAUUUAG